CUUAUAUUUUCAUUGUUCUAUUAAAUACAAAAUUGUUUUGUUCCUUUGUCGAUUUAUUAUUGAUCUUCUAAAUAAAUUAAGUGCUUAGUAAGUGAUAAGUAUUUUAUUUAUUAUCAUGUGUUCUCUCUAAUUAAAUUCAACGCACGAUACUCUUGUUCAAAAGACUGCAAGUGCAUUUUAAAUAAAUGCAUUCAUAAGAAAUGUCUUGUCAAUGGAGGACAAGCUGUAUGGCCGCUUUGGCCAUGUAAACAAUCAAACAAAAUUACCCGCCAUCAUGACUCCAGUCAAUACGCUUUCCACUCACAGUGAUUUUGGUUUGCCCGAUGUUACAAUCACAUCACAGUUUACAUCAUUAAAACUGAAUCCUGGUUAUAACGAUAGUGACGAAGAAGGUGAUGGCCAUUCGCAUAGUUUUGUACUUUUAGAUGAGAAAGAAAGGCUGAAGCUACCUAAUGUAGAAACAUUUGUAAAACGUCUCAAUGGUUAUAAGAAUAAUAGUCCUGUUAAGGUCAUUUCAAUAUUUGGUAAUACGGGCGAUGGAAAAUCUCAUACACUGAAUCAGUGCUUUUUUAGAGGAGCUGAAGUUUUUCGUACAUCUUCGGAACAGAAGGCGUGUACCGUAGGUGUUUGGGUCGCAUUUGAUCCAACCUUGAACACAUUAUGUUUGGACACAGAAGGUUUUUCAGGGUCGGCUUUACACAACAAACAGCGAACUAGACUGCUUCUCAAGGUUUUAGCUAUAUCGGAUAUAGUCAUAUAUAGAGUAAAAGGCGAACGUUUGCAAGAUGACAUGUUCAAUUUCCUUGGAUCGGCGUCCAAGGCGUACAUUAAGCAUUUUAAAAAGGCUUUGAAUGCUGUUAACUAUCGUUCUGUCGACCCAUUCAAAUGUACCGAUUCUAUGCUAGGUCCUUCGUUGAUCAUAUUUCAUGAAACUAGAAAUACUGAACCUCUUAUAUCUUGUAACGGUAAAAACGCCUCGGAACAAAUACAAGAUAGAUUUCAUGAAUUGCAGCUUGAUGUCGACGGCUUUGCUUCAUUACGUUACAUAGGUAUCCAAACUAUCGUUCCACCUACAGAUUUUGGGCCAAUUAGAGAGGUGAUCCACGAAGAAAUUUCUAAUAACUCUGCUAGACCUCAACGAUCCCCUCAAAUUGUGUAUCUCACGUUAAAGGCAUUAAAUGAUAAAUUUACUGGUGUUAUCAAAAAUUCAGUUGAACCUCUAUUCCCGGAUCAGCACUUAACAUGUCCAACCAUAUGCCAGUCUUGUGAGCAACGUUGUACAAAUAGUGUUGGACACUUAAAAGAUAACAUUCCUCAUUUUAAUAAUUCCAAAUGCAGGUUUCAGUCUCAAUUCGAAAACUCUGUUCACAUAUGUAAAGUUUGUGCGGAUAAUGGAAAUCCUGUUGAAGUUACAUCUAAAUACAUAAAUGAUAACCAAAACUCGUGGUUAAAAUACGCUUUCUCUGGAUACAUUAUCGAGUGUCCAAAGUGUGGAAUUAUAUAUCGAAGUAAACAAUACUGGUAUGGCAACGAUGAUCCAGAAAGAACCGCUGUUUAUUCAGAAACUCGACAUAUUUGGCCUGGCAUGGAUUUGAAAUCGUCUUCGAGCAUGAAUCCUGCUAGAAAAGUAUUAGAUGGUGUAACAUAUUUAUCAGAAACCGUUGCCAGUGUUAGUUAUGAACCUUCACGCUUGUUGUCUUCUUGGGUUGCUGAUCAAUUUGCACCAAAAUAUUGGAAGCCUAAUGCAGAAAUUAAGGAAUGCAUAGUUUGUAAAUUACAAUUUUCCUCAACCUCCGUCAAACAUCAUUGCCGUGCUUGUGGAGAAGGAGUCUGCGAUGAGUGUUCUAAACGAUCUAUGUGUGUGCCAGAUAGAGGCUGGGAUACGCCUGUACGAGUCUGUAACUUUUGUUAUAAACGAUCUGGAAGCGUAAGUAGCAACUGUUCAGACUCGUCAAGUCGUGGAGAAGAAAACAUUGUAAGUGCUAGAAAGUUUAGUGAAGCCGUGGUGAACACAUUAUCUUCAGUUGCUUCUGUUCUCGAAUAUCCAAAAAAUUUAAUCAAAGACACAGCUAGACCGUCGUAUUGGAUACCCGACAGCGAAGCAUUAGAUUGUUGUGUGUGUAAAGCAGAGUUUGGGCCAUUAUUGAUACUACACCAUUGCCGAGGUUGUGGUAACGGCGUAUGUGCGAGUUGUUCUAGCCAUAGAAAACCUGUUCCACACAGAGGUUGGCCAAAUCCCGUUCGAGUAUGUGAUCAAUGCUCGAACCAAGAUACAUAAAAUUACGUUUUAAAAUAUUUAAAAAGCGUUUAAAACAAUUAGUAAAAGUACUUAUGUCUUUGUAAUGUAAUCAUACAUUACAUAGUACACGCUUGUGUACCCUUACAGAAUAUACUUGUUAAAUUAAAAUAAUAUGUUCAGUUAACAAUAACAGUUUUUAAACAAUAAGGACUAGUGGAUUAUUUUUAAACAACAAUAUGUGUGCUAUGUAAUUAAUUGUUUUAAUUUGUAUUCUUUGCCAAAUAAAAAGCACAAAUAAGCAACUACCAAAUAUUAAAAGAAUGUACAUUACCUUGCCAAAUUAUUCUACAUUGACCGACAAUUUUCAUCACUGUAUAAUGUAAAUAAUAUAACAAAAAAAAAAACAAAUUAAUUUUCUGUGAUAGGUAAAUUAUAAGUGCUAGUCUAUAAGGGUUUCCCCGAUUUCUUUGUGGUUCUAUUAGCUUUACAUAAAAACUUUUAUUAUUUUGUUGUACUUGUAAAAAUUCUAUAAGUAGUAUUACUCAUUAAUGAGUAAUUCAUAUAUAACUAUUGGUUAUAUUAUUUCCAUUCAAAUGUAAUAGUAACUUUUUAUUUUAUAUUACGUAAUGAAUAUUAAUAUUAAUAUUAAUUGGAUUCGUGGUAUAGCUUUACUAUCUAUUAGCCAAAUAUAUAAUUGUAGUUGUUUAAAAAAAAAAUUGUAGUAAUUGGCUUUUUUUAUGUAUAAUG